GGUCUUGGCCACGACAAGGAGUUUGGGUAUGACCCACAAGAGGAGAGUUAAGUUAGAGACAGCCAUCUUGCUAGAGCAGACGUUGUGAAUUAGAGCUCAAUAAAAUUGGAGUUGUUCAGCAUUGAAAUCGAGUAUUUCUAUUUAAAAUACCGAACAUAACAUGGUGUCAGAAGAAUCGUGACCAUAGAAACUGAUUUCGUCGUCAUUUAUAUCGCGAAUAUUGAAUUUUGUGAAAGUUAAAAAAAAAAAAAACUGAACAAUCAGUGAAGUGCUACGGAAGUUUCAGCGUUUUCCCCAAAAGAGACUAUAGUUAUCUCUUUCUCGCAUUGUUGGCUGUGCGAGUGCGAUAGUGUACUGUUUACACCAGUGUAUUAGUGCAAACAUUGCACCAGUGUGGGAAAACGUUUGAGAACGAUCCGCUGAAGUGACAAGUAAAACGUAAACAAAACGAUAAGUUAACUGACAGUUGAAAAGAGACUAUAAGUGAAGAAAAAUAGUGGAAAAAAUGGAUGCCGACCAGUUUCAACAGUUUAUGGCGAAACAAAAUGAGCUGGUGACGAAGCUGGUUGCUGGCCUACAACAGCGUGCUGUGCCGGCGUCGAACAUCAGUUCCGUGGUUCCGCCACCACCGGCUCUCUGUCUUGACGGAGACAUGGAGGAGAACUACGAGUUUUUCCUAACCAACUGGAGAAACUACUCACAAGCCGUGGGCAUGGACAGUUGGCCGGCGAAUCAGGCCUCAAAAAAGGUCAGUUUUCUGAUGUCCGUCAUCGGAGAAGCUGCGCUCAAAAAGUAUUACAACUUUGACCUGACAGAGGAUCAAAAGAAAGACGUCGCCGAGGCCCUGAAGGCUAUCAAGCAGAAGGUCGUGCGCAGCCGUAACUUGUUCGUGGACCGAUUGGAUUUUUUCGCGGCGAGUCAAGUGUCCAGCGAAUCCAUCGAUGACUUUGCAGCCCGGCUGAAAAGUUUGGCGAAACCGUGCAAAUUUGCACUCUUGGAGGACGAGUUUAUCUUGUUCAAAAUAGUGACCAGCAACAAGUGGGGCCACCUGCGGACCAAAAUGUUGAGCAUGCAGGAUCUCACAACGGGAAAAGCAGUGGAUAUCUGCCGCGUGGAAGAGAUUGCAGAGCAACGUUUGCGGCACCUCUCAUUGGAGUCGCCGGUGGUCAGUGAUGUGAAGAAGAUUAACAAGAAGACCAAGAAGAAGCUGCAGCGGUGUAAGUUCUGUGGAGAUGAGCACGAGUUUGUGAAGGGAGCGUGUCCAGCAUACGGCAAGAAAUGCAAGCGUUGCGGCGGCCGCAACCACUUUGAGAAGGCGUGUAAAAUCGAUCAACCCUGGAAGCAGAAGCGACGCCACCGUCGUGUCAAGGAGGUGAAGGACGACGAGAGCAGUUCCGAGGAACGCUCUGAAUCCAGCAGUGUGGACAGCGACGACGAAGAAAGUGAGCACGAAGUGCAGAUUGCCAAAAUCAAGUCCAAGUCAGCUGUGGAGAGUAGUGCUUUGGCGGUUCUGGAUUUCAGGCUAGGCCGGAAGUGGAAACCAGUUACGUGCGAGAUCGACACGGGUGCGGAUGCCACAUUGAUCGGGUAUAACUGUUUGACUGAGCUUCUUGAAACUCCGAACCCGACACUGCAACCAACAAGCAUCAAGCUGAAGUCUUUCGGUGGCAACCCGAUACCAGUGUUGGGACAGGUUAUGCUACCUGUAAAACGAAAAGGCAAGCGGUUCCAGCUCGUCCUGCAAGUCGUUGACUAUGACCACCGCCCGCUCUUGUCGCUUAAGGCUUCACAGUCGCUGGGCUUUGUGAAGUUCUGCCGAUCGGUGAAGAUACGCCGACCAGAAGCAGCCACAGAAGAAGAGAAGCUGCUCAGUGUCUACAAGGUGAAAGCCGAAGCAAUCGUCGAGAAACACAGUGACAUCUUCGCUGGCUACGGCCGGUUUCCCGGAGUGGUUUCCCUGGAAGUGGACGAAAGUGUGCAGCCAUCUAUUCAGCAUCCUCGUCGGGUCCCAAUCGCUUUGCGCCCGAAACUGAAGCAGGAGUUGGACAAACUGGAAGAGGACGGCAUUAUAGUGAAGGAAACGCGACACACCGAGUGGGUUAGCAACAUUGUGUUAGUCCGCCGUGGCGGCCAGAACGAGUCCGUUCGGAUUUGUCUCGAUCCUGUCCCGCUCAACAAAGCGCUGAAGCGGCCCAAUUUGCAGUUUGACACGAUUGACGAGUUGCUUCCCGAGUUGGGCAACGCCAAGAUUUUCACAACUGUGGACACGAAAAAAGGAUUUUGGCACGUGGAACUGGACACCCCCAGCAGCAAGUUGACCACCUUCUGGACACCAUUCGGUCGAUACCGCUGGGUCAGGAUGCCGUUUGGUAUUUCUCCAGCACCUGAACUGUUCCAGCUGAAGCUGCAAGGUGCGAUACAAGGACUGGAAGGAGUGACCGGGUUAGCGGAUGACUUGCUGGUGUACGGCACCGGAACGGAUCUGGAGGAAGCUUUGGACAACCACAAUCGGGCUCUAGAACAACUGUUGGUGCGGCUCAAAGAGAACAACGUGAAACUCAACCGGUCCAAGCUCAAGUUGUGUCAGACAUCGGUGAAGUUCUUUGGACACGUGCUGACAACGAAGGGACUAACAGCAGACGAGACCAAGACAGCCGCAAUCCGCAACUUUCCCACACCAACCAACAAGAAGGAGCUCCUGCGAUUUGUCGGCAUGGAAAGCUGGCGCUGGACUGCUGCUGAGGACGAGGAGUUCCAGAAAGUGAAAAAUCUCGUAGCCGACAUCCACACGCUGCGCUACUACGACGUGACCAAGCCCCUGGUAAUCGAGUGUGACGCGAGUGGUUUCGGUCUGGGCGUUGCAGUGUUUCAACAAGACGGUGUGAUCGGUUACGCGUCCAGAACCCUCACUGCGACGGAGAAGAACUAUGCCCAGAUAGAGAAGGAGCUGUUGGCGAUCUUGUUUGCCUGCCUCAGAUUCGAUCAACUAAUUGUUGGCAACCCGAAGACCGUUAUCAAAACCGACCACAAACCGCUGGUGAACAUCUUCCGGAAGCCGUUGUUGUCGGCCCCUCGACGCUUGCAACAUAUGCUGUUGAACCUGCAACGAUACAAGCCGGAGAUUAUGUUCGUGGCCGGCAAAGAAAACGUCGUCGCUGAUGCCAUUUCGCGAGCCCCUUACGACGACGAUCACGCUCAAGCUGGAGAUUACCAGAAGCUGGAGAUAUUCAAGGUGAUGCGCGACCUGGAAGACGUUAAGCUGAAGCACUUCUUGAACAUCUCAGAUGAUCGUCUGACGGAGAUCAUGGCGGAGACGGCGGCGGAUCCAGUGUUGCAGCUGGUGAUCCGGUUGAUUGGUGAAGGUUGGCCAGAGACCAUCGGUGGUGUACCGGACAGCGUCCGCGUUUUCUUCAGCUACAGAAACGAACUUACCACCCAGGAUGGAUUAGUGUUCCGUAACGACAGAAUACUGAUUCCCCACAAGCUGCGGCGCAAAAUGAUCGAGAAGACUCACAUCAGCCACAAUGGUGUUGAGGCGACCCUGAAGCUGGCACGUGCGAAUAUUUUUUGGCCUGGGAUGAGCGCACAAAUUCGAGACACAGUCAAGGAGUGUGCCGUCUGCGCCAAAUUCGCCGGUUCGCAGUCCAAGCCCCCGAUGCAGAGUCACCCGGUUCCAGUUCACCCGUUUCAACUGGUGUCGCUUGAUGUGUUCUUCGCUGAGUACCGAGGUAUUAAGCGGAAGUUUUUGGUGACGGUUGAUCACUAUUCCGAUCUGUUCGAGAUUGAUCUGCUGAAGGAUCUCACUCCACAAUCCGCCAUCGCAGCUUGCAAGAUCAACUUCGCGCGGCAUGGCGUUCCUCAGCUCUUGCUGACAGAUAACGGAACGCACUUCGUGGGAAAAGAGUGGCGACAAUUUGCGGGAGAAUGGGACUUCAGUCACACCACUUCAGCGCCACACCAUCAACAAGCGAAUGGCAAAUCGGAGGCAGCGGUUAAAAUCGCUAAACAGUUGAUCAAGAAGUGUGAAGAAUCCGGCACGGAUUUUUGGUACGCUCUCCUGCAUUGGCGUAACGUACCAAACAAGAUCGGAUCGAGUCCUGCAGCUCGCUUAUUCUCUCGUCAAACACGAUGUGGUGUCCCAACUGCUGCUGGCAACUUACUUCCGCGAGUGGUCGAGGGAGUUCCGGAUGCUAUCAAGGAAAACAGGAGGAAGAUAAAGUAUUAUUACGAUAGAAAGUGUCGUAAUCUGCCGCAGCUGGAAACCGGUGCACCAGUGUACGUCCAAGUCCAUCCACAGAAGUCUACGGUGUGGUCACCCGGAACAGUCGCCGCCAAGCAAACUGACCGAUCGUAUCUCGUGGAUGUGGACGGGGCAUUCUACCGACGGGAUUUGGUUAACCUAAAGUCACGCAAAGAACCGAACACGCAGCCUGCCGUCAACCAUCCCGUUCUACAGGACAAUCCGUUGCCGUCUGGUCCGAAUCCAGAUGUAGCAGUGGCCGAGAAACCAGCGGAGUUUCCGUGGACCGAUUCACCGAGCACCCCGAUCACCAAAUCUUCGAAGCCGAACAAACGAUUGUCUUCGCUGUCAUCGACACCGCAGCCGAAGGAAAAAGCAUCGCCUACCGAGACGGUUACACAGGAGAGAUCGCGCCCCAAACGAGAAGUGAAGCUGCCGACCAAAUUACACGAUUAUUGUCUGGAAUAAAAAGUGGGGAGGAUGUUAUGGUACGGAGUCGCGGUCUUGGCCACGACAAGGAGUUUGGGUAUGACCCACAAGAGGAGAGUUAAGUUAGAGACAGCCAUCUUGCUAGAGCAGACGUUGUGAAUUAGAGCUCAAUAAAAUUGGAGUUGUUCAGCAUUGAAAUCGAGUAUUUCUAUUUAAAAUACCGAACAUAACAUCCAUAUUCAAAAAAUCAUUUAUUGAAUUUGUAAUUGAAUAUUUUCAGAGGCUUGGUAGCGGAAGUGCUAAAUAUAAUUUACUUGACGGAAGAUGAGCCACCCUUUAUGUGCUAAAACAUAACAAUGACAAUUUAUAUUAUUUCAUUCAAAUGGGUUAUUUCAAACACUAGCAAUUUUGAGGCUUUUUUGUAAAGAGAUAACUGUUUAAACAAUUAAACCUUAUUUUCUAGAAAAAGAAUGAGAAAGAUUAACUUUAUAGAAAUGAUCAGCCAUUUCCAAGCAAUGAACAAUGUUAAACGGAAUGACUUUUGUUUAAUGGUUGCUCAUUCUGAUCCGCACGCUGGAUCAGAAUGUUGGUAGCCAACAAACUGUUUAGGUACAUAAAACAGUUUAAACAGUUACAUAAACAGUUUAAUAUUUUAUUUCUAGAUUAAAUUUUCAAAACAACCUAUUCCUCAUGGGUUUCCUAUGCAGAUAGGGCCUUUUGAAAAUUUAAUCGAGAAUUAACCAAGCACAUAACACUGAAUCGAACUUACCCCAGCAUAAAUCUUCUUUAAUUAUUUCAUUGUUUUGUAAGUUUUCCCAAGGUGAAAACCUUGGGGAGUCCUUUUUGUUUACGCGCUUAUACCCUUCCCCCAGCAAUUGUCUCUACUUACCUUAACUAUUAUUAAGGUAAGGCCGAUUAAUUCGAAAAUAUUUAUAUUUUCAACUCUGACUGUAGGUCCCCAAUAUGAUUUGACCCUUGUGAAUCCAAUUUAUUAUUCAAAAAUAUGGUUAAUGAAAAUAAGCUUUUCAAUUAUUACAUAAAAAAUUGUUCCUAAGUGAUGUUUCCACUGACAUGCUGCGCCAUAAGUAAAAAAUCUAACUAGGAUUGAAAAACAAAAAAACUGUCUCAAAAACGUAAAACGAUUCGCGAUGCUUCCAAAGUGAGCGCUCCGUGAGCGAAAAAUGAGCGUGGGGCAAACGCGAGCUGAAAAAAUCGGAGCAAACGUGAGCGCGGGCAAACGUGAGCUAGCUCGCGCAGCGCUCCUCCUCACGAAUGAGCGAAAAAUGAGCGCGUGA